AUGGAUGAGGGCAAAACCAAGCAAACGGCACUGAGGGAGAAGCGCACAAAGCAGCAUCGAGCCACUAACGGGAAGCGGGAAAAGACCGUCCGACUUGCUCGUGGCAUCUUCCCAACUCGGAUAAGCUAUUGGAUACACAAGAAGGGAAAUUGGAAGAACGAUGCCACACGACAGGGAUCUAAGCGCCGCCAGAUCGGAGAUUUUAGAUGA